CCUACAGCAAUUAACUAAAGCGCUUUUCCCUCCCACCUGGAGGUAGACUUUGUGCAAAUUGUUUUCUUCCGUUCCGGUGUCGGGGCUGAUUGUUAGCCCGGUUUAGCCGGUUAGCAUGAUGCUCUUACUGUUAGCUAGCUAGCAAAGAAAGCUGGCAAAACUUGUCGCGCUUACCGUUUGGAAAAGCAAUUAUAAUAUUAAAGUUUACUUUUCACACGGUUGAGGGAAAAGAAACAAUUAGCAUUGCACAGCCUGCCUCCAAAAGUGAAAUAAAAGAAAAUCAUCAAGGCUAAGUCGUUCAUUUAGGGGCUAGCAUCCUAGCACGCUUGCACGAGAGAAUAGCUAAUCAAAGUUAGCAAGUUUAGCUUAUCGGCUUAUUAAGUUUUCUUGCAGUCGGUGCGCGUGCGUUUCUGUAGGAAUAGUUGUGAUUGAAUCCCCAGGUAUUAUUUCGGGAUUUUUUUUUAUCCUUUUAUUGUUGUUGUUGUUGUUGGAUUGAUUGAGACUUUUCAGGAUGAGAGGAUGCUCUUAAUUCAGCAGCUAGCCUGUGUAAUUAAGCGGUAAUAAAAAAAAAAAAAUGCGCUGCAAUGCAAAUUUCCUUUCACUUCUUCAAACAACGUAAGAGAAGGUGAUGUCGGGAAUUAUUACUAUGGCCAGGGUCACCCCAUGAAGCCUCACCGCAUCCGCAUGACCCACAACCUCCUCCUCAACUAUGGCCUCUACAGGAAGAUGGAAAUCUAUAGGCCACACAAAGCCAACGCUGAAGAGAUGACCAAAUAUCACAGUGACGACUACAUCAAGUUCCUCCGCUCCAUCCGUCCAGAUAACAUGUCAGAGUACAGCAAGCAGAUGCAGAGAUUUAAUGUGGGUGAAGACUGUCCUGUGUUCGAUGGCCUGUUUGAGUUCUGUCAGCUUUCAACAGGCGGCUCUGUCGCGGGCGCUGUGAAACUAAACAAGCAGCAGACAGACAUCGCCAUUAACUGGGCGGGCGGCCUUCAUCACGCCAAGAAGUCGGAGGCGUCUGGUUUCUGCUACGUCAACGACAUUGUACUGGCCAUCCUGGAACUGCUCAAGUACCAUCAAAGAGUUCUGUAUAUUGACAUUGACAUCCACCACGGUGAUGGAGUAGAGGAGGCCUUCUACACCACAGACCGUGUCAUGACCGUGUCUUUCCAUAAGUAUGGAGAGUACUUUCCUGGCACGGGUGACCUCAGAGACAUUGGCGCUGGAAAGGGGAAGUACUACGCUGUGAACUACCCACUCAGGGAUGGGAUCGAUGACGAGUCUUACGAAGCCAUAUUCAAACCUAUCAUGGCCAAAGUGAUGGAGAUGUACCAGCCAAGUGCUGUAGUGCUUCAGUGUGGUGCUGACUCUUUGUCUGGGGACAGGCUGGGCUGCUUCAACCUCACUAUUAAAGGUCAUGCUAAGUGUGUGGAGUACAUGAAGAGCUUUAACCUGCCCUUGCUCAUGCUGGGUGGAGGAGGCUACACCAUCAGGAAUGUGGCUCGCUGCUGGACCUAUGAGACGGCCGUCGCCCUCGACAGCACUAUCCCUAAUGAGCUUCCAUACAACGACUACUUUGAAUAUUUUGGACCUGACUUCAAGCUCCACAUCAGUCCCUCAAACAUGACCAACCAGAACACAAACGACUACCUAGAAAAGAUCAAGCAGCGUCUGUUCGAGAACCUGCGCAUGCUGCCUCACGCUCCCGGUGUGCAGAUGCAGGCGAUCCCGGAGGACGCUGUGCAGGAGGACAGCGGGGACGAGGAGGAUGACCCAGACAAACGCAUCCCCAUCCGUGCCCACGAUAAGCGGAUAGCCUGCGACGAAGAGUUCUCAGAUUCCGAGGAUGAAGGACAAGGUGGCCGCAGAAACGCAGCCAACUACAAGAAGACCAAGAGAGUGAAGACUGAGGAGGAGAAAGACGGAGAAGAGAAGAAAGAUGUGAAGGAGGAGGAGAAAACCCCAGAAGAGAAAAUGGACACAAAAGGGCCAAAAGAAGAGCUGAAAACAACCUGAGCAGCCAAACGGAUGCAUGAACUUGAGUUCACACACACACAUGCGUACGUGAUGUUAGCCUCCAAGCUAAAGACUGUAAAUUAUUUUCUAAAACUCCUUUUACUAUUUGUAUUCUUAAUGGGCGUUAUAAAGGUUUUUUUUUUUUUGCAUUACACACGUGCAUUGAAAUGUAAGAUGUAUCCUUUUUCCUUAUUACACCCACCCCUACCCCCCCCCCUCUUUUUUUUUUGCCAUGAAUCCUUGCAUUUUUUUUUUUUUUUUUUUUUUUUUUUUUAGGUAGAAAUUUCUAGUAGCACAUAAAACAGGACCAGAAUCAGUAGAGAUGGUCAUUUAGCUGGUCACAGCUUCACCUCCUAAGUUAUUUGGAAUAAUGGACUUGAAUACACAAACACACACACACACACACAAAAUAUUGUUUCCCGUAUUAGGUCUUGUCUUUUCUGGAUGCUGCUCCGUGGCCCAGUGUCCUUUACCUCAUUUUUAAGAGCGAAACUUGUUUGUUUUAAUGAUGUGUCUGUGUUUAUGGCUUCUGUGGCCAGAAAAUAGCAGUUUUAGGAGUUCCACAGGUCUGUGGUUUUGAAUUGUCCAUAUUAUAUGCUUUUUUUGGUAAAGUAAAUAAAGAGAACAUGAUCUCUCA